ACCACGUGUUGCUACAAAAAAAAAAAAAAGAAAGAAAGAAAGAAGUGAUAUCAGUCUCAUUUUAAAGAUGUUUCUUUUAUGUUUCGCGUGGAUCGUCGGUGCUGCCUCUUUUAGGGUGAAUGUUCCUGACAAGUUUUUGGUGGUGAUCCGGGGUCGUCCAGCUGUACUGGGCUGUGAGUUCACACCAGAUCCUGACCUGUCCAGCCUUGUGCUUACCUGGCAACGGGACUCACGUGUUGUCCACAGCUUCUAUUAUCAACAGGACCAACUGGACCGCCAGAGUCCAGAAUACCAUAAUCGGACAUCAUUGUUUAUUUCAGAGAUUGGUAAAGGAAAUGCCACCCUUAGAAUAAAUUCAGUUGGACCUAAGGAUGUGGGUCAGUACCUGUGCUUUGUGAGCAAUGCUAAAGGGACGGGAAAAGCCCAGAUAGAGCUGGACUACGGGGCUCUUUACUCUGAGCCCAGGUUAAGCAUCCAUGUAAACUCCUCUGCGUUGACAGUGCAGUUUGAGACGGAGGGAUUCCCCAAACCUGAGGUGAUCUGGCUGGAUGAACAUGGCCAAAACCUGAACUAUCACCUGGAGCUCCACGCCCAGACAGAAGAUGGGCUUUAUUUAGUCAAGAGCAGCUAUGAGGCCCAGAAGCCGGUGGUUAAUAUCACAUUUACACUAAAGAACCACCUCCUGAACCAGAACCUUCAGAGACCCGUGUUCCUCGACUAUGUUUCAAUUGAGGCUGGAGGUAGAAGUUGGAAGACAGCAGCAAUAAUUUCUGUCAAUAAUAAGCGCCAUUCUUUUUGCUGUUGUGAUGUUUUUACUAUUUAAAAAAACAAUAAAACCCUAUAUUUGAACCUCGUCA